GGAUUGGAUGUCGGGACCAGGCUGAGACGCCUGUGCAGGCGGCACAGUGCGAUAGCCUGUCGUCCCAGGUCGUCCCCGACUGCGGCUAUGGCGCCUAUUAUCGCGGAAUUCUUUGACUGCAACCACCGUCAAGUUGGUGCCCGCCGUCCCCCCUCGCCGCCACAAGACGGGGAUUCCACUUUGGAUUGUCGAGCAGAUAUAUCAAGGACUAGAGUUUGCUCGGAAUUACGGUCCUACAUCUGUACUCGGCGAAGACAGCAUUCUGUGUUAUACACGACUGCCUCGCUGCCUUGGAACUCAUUAUGACCGCUUGUGUAGUCCCCAUCGAGGUGCUUGAUGCCAUUCUCGACAGCCUGGAUGGCGAUCCGGUUGAGCUGAGAACAUGCAGCUUAACGUGCCAUGCUUGGGUCCAUAUAUGCCGACAGCGGCUUUUUCAAUCCGUAGAUCUCAGGUGCACCAAGGCGCGUUGUGACGGGUUCCUACGGGUGCUGCAAUCGUCCGCCUCGACGGGUGCACCGAUUGCUGACUACGUCCGCGAACUCACGCUCUACGGAGUCUUUUCUCCUAGCUUGGGCGGCGACUGCGACUCCUUAUGUCGAUUCAUUGGCUUCAAUAUACUCGAGAUGUUGACUUGUACAACCCAGCUCGUCCACCCUGGCCCCACUAUCCGAAUCACGCUGGGUCGUAUACUGAAGCGACUUCAUCGAACUCAGCUGCUGCGACUUGUUUGCUUCAAUUGGACUGAUAUUGCACCUUUUGCAUUCCGAGGCCAAGCCAGCGCAAGUUCGAGAGCCCUUGUGGACCUAUUCGCCGGCAUGCCCGCUGUGUCCUCAUUGGAGGUCUUACAGUCGACCUUCCUCUCCCCUUCCGAACUCUUACGACUACUGGCUGCGUUUCCUGGAUUAUCCACCCUGACACUGCAAAGCAUUCACUUCCAUCCCGAUGCCGAUUCGUUCGAUAGGCCAAACUCUGCGGCUCUCCGUCACUCAAGCGUCGGCGUCCGGCGCAUCGAGAAGCUCUGCCUCGAUGCAGAUAUCAAGAUGCUGCCCUCGUUCGUCGAAGGCUUGUUGAGCCCACCGUUCGCCCCGGCGGUUCGUGAGAUGUCAAUCAACAGCUGCGUUCGCAGUGCCGAGAACUUGACCACUGCGAUGCUCUUAUCACGAACGCGGUCGACACUGGAGGUGCUCCGCGUGAACUACUAUUACCCGGCAACGUUCCUGGACAUACAACUGUCCUUAAGGGAAGUGGACUGCUCACAGCACCACAAACUACGCGUCGUCACGCUCAGCUACUAUUUCGACUCAUCGAGGAGUAUCCGAACUAUUUGUCCCUACCUUCCUCAGUUCUUGAAAUCGCUACCGAAGGGUAUUCGACAACUCCAGCUUCGCUUCAUUGUGCAUUGUGUGGUUUCAAUCUACCCCACUGUCUAUCUAAACUUCACAGACUGGGAUGUUCUGGACCAAGCGCUUGCCGAACUGCACGAGAGACUCACGGCGCUUCGGAUUACAAUCGACGUCAGGACUUUGAGGAUUGACGGCCACCACAUCGAUGGGCUUCUCGAUAUCGUGCGGCCCAUCAUUGAUCGCCUACCGAUGAGCCUCAGAGGAGGGGCGCAAGUCUACCUUCUAGGCUCAUGUUCACGAGGCGUGUAUGUGGAGAGCGAUCGUGAGCCAAUCUGGCUCGGGUCGCCGUCUCUAUGAAUGGGCCUACCGAGCUCCUUGUGUCCACGCCCUCCCUCUGUGCGGACUUCACACUCGGUGAGUUCCUUGAAUGUUCUGUGCUACAGUGCUGAUUGCU